GGGUAUCAAUAUGUAGACGAUUUGUUUUGAUCAGAAUAUGUGCCUCUACCUAUACGUACAUAAUUCAACCAAGAAAAAAUGAAUGUAGUAAUCAUUGUAUACAUUUUGUGCCUUUCUUCAGUGAAAGUAAUAUCAAAAAAAGCUUUACUUUUCAACACAGAUAAUGAAACUCUUGAAGACUUUUGUCAUGAAAAUGACGAUGGGAUAUUACCAUAUUUAGCUGCGUGUCCUGCUUUUACCCAUCAAGAGAAGCAAUUCAACAAGGAUGUCUCUCUUACACAACAAAGCAUAUUCUCACGGUUAAUUUUUGCAAAAAAUGAAUCCCCUAAAAAUACUGUUUUGGAUUUUUGUGAAGAGCCAUUCAAGCCAGUAAUGCUUUAUGAUAAAUGUGAAAAACAGUACGAAAUUGGAUACGAGCUUUAUUUUAAUGAUGGAGAAAUUUCACAAAAAUGGUACAGUACCUGUAUGAAAGACACGUAUUAUUGUUUGAUAUCGGUGAACACAAAAAAGCACAAAAAUAAAGUUGAGAAUCGAACAAUAGCUAACACCACUACUACAUCCGAAUUUAAGGAUAGACAUGACGACGAUAUGAACGUGAAAUUCCAUUUCAUGAAUGGAUCUCGGACAUUGGUUUUUUAUUGGAUAAAGGUGUUAUCUGUAAGACGAUCCAAACCCAAUAAACGAGUCAACUUUGAAUAUUACAGACAAAGUAGUUUAGAAGGAUACAACAAAUUUACAAAUCUGCAAGAUAAAUGCGAAAAUUAUCAGCUAAAUGAUGACGACCUGUAUUUGAAGAAAAAUCAGAAAAAAUUGUUGAAAGAUAUUUUAGUACCGCCGUCUUUAUUUGAAGGAAAUGCUGAUCUGUCAUGUGGUCAACCUUAUGGCUGUCUAACACCAUCACAAAUCAUACCACUAUGGUUUUUCAGCAAGAACUCAGCCAGGCUAGCCAGUUGCUCGCAUAUGAACUUAAUUCCAGUUUGGAAAAGUAUUGCGGAUAAUAACUUGAAAAAAGUCGACCUUUUCAUAGUUGCAACGUACAAGAGCAUCAAAUGCGACGUAGUUUUUGGUACUUCUGGCGUGCUGGAAAUGAAAACAUCAUCUGCUUCUAAUGAAACCCAAGAAAUGUAUUUAUCAACUGCUAAAGGCGAUCGAAUGGCGGCAAUUCCAAAAAUUAUAUACAGAGUCGUUCGAGUCGACUUGAAGUGGCAAUAUCCUGAUGAAUAUAUUUACGCAUACGCUGUCAUCAUAAUCCAUAAUGAUCCCACUGCAGUGCCAGAUACAGAUAGACUUUGCAACAAAAGCGAUGCUCCAACAGGAUGGCAAAAAAUAAUCAACGAUGAUCCGAGAACUGGAUUAACUUACGUUUGUCCGAUGACAGAAGCUCUUAACAAUAAAUCAGGCGCUUACGAUAGUAUUCCAAAAUAUGAAAUACAUCCCUUGAAUUUGAAUGCAGUCGGCUAUAUUAAUUAUACUCGAAGAGGCGGCUACCGCGUAAAUGAAGCGGAGAAAAUUAACUCAUACUUCGAGUAUUUACUUAGAAAUGACUCUUCGAAUUUGGAUACAGUCAGUUAUGUUAAUUGUACAAAAGGAGUCGACUAACUACGAGUAUACCUACAUAGAUGAAGUGUAAUUCACCCAUACUUGGUUGCUGAAUAUUUGCAAGUGAAAUAGAAACUUGUUGAAAAGCA